GCUUGCGGUUCUCGAGAGUAGUUCAUGAGCAGUCAUUCUAGCCAUGGCCCCUAUGAUCGCGUCUUUAAAACCUGUUGUGUUCCCGAACAACUGGUCUUGCGAUUGACCCUGUAGCCGCUUCAGUGCCCACUUUCAACAUGGUAGCCAUAUCAGAACUCUUGAUCGUGCUUGCUACAGCCUUGUCUGUCGAAGCCAGCUCCAAAUGCUGCGCUGCAGAUAAAUGCUUCGCUUCUGCGAAGCUGCCGGCAAAGGCAACGCCAAUUGUGUCCGCUUUCUGCCAAAAGUACAUUCACAAGACUCCUGGAACGGUCACAGUCACGGUGUCGGCGACAAAGGGAUCGACCGUGUCGCCCACUCCUGUUGUCGUGACACAGCCCGGAAACCCAAUAACAAUCCGGACCACCCCAAUUGUGACUUCGGUCUUGACCGUCACCGAGACACAGCAGCAAGUCAUCAGCUCCGGUGCCUGCGGUACCACUGUAACAAGUCCUUAUCCAACAUCAACCAACUAUCGCGUUCGCGGCAUCGAUCCAGGCUCUCCUAACCAACGUCGCCACGUUCCCGUCAUUCCCGAUUUCCUUACGUCAAACUGCAAUCCAAAGGAUUUGCCCGCAAAGGUCAGCAAGGCCUGCUCCUGUUUCCUUACCUCUGCUACCACUACCGUGACUGCAACCCAAAACGUGGGCACCACGCUCCCGGCUUCCACUCAAGUCGUCACCGCGCCCGGCACAACCGUUCUGGAGACGGCCAGCGAACUCUCGUCCAUCAUCACUGUCACCCAGACUGCCGUACAGACUCAGACGACCUGUACUGGCGCCUCGACUACCGCGACCGAAUACACCGGCGUCUUCUCUUGCGGCGUUCCAUCCCCGACGGCAGGCCAGAUUGGCACGCCCACUUGCGCAAACGACAACGUGCCGCCCGGCGAGACCAACAGCCCAUUCCGCGUCGAAGGGGCCUCCGAGGGCAACAUCUUUGAUGGCUGCAUAGUCAGUGGUCCACGCAACAUCACCACUCCUUCUGGAGGCACCCACCUGUGCGAUGGCACAAACAACAAUGCCAACCCGGCCCCCGGUGCUACCUUUACCACCGAUAUCCAGUCUGCCGGCAACCAGGCCGGCUUUGACUUGGACGGCUCCUACAGCAACCAGUUCCAAGACUUCUUCAUCACUCGUAUCUCCGCCACCGCGCAGACCGGCAAUCAGUUCUGGGGCGUCCUCCGCAACAGGGUCUUUACUGCUCGCGGCGGCUGCCAGGAGCAAGUCUCGCCCGCGGACGAGGCGCUCUGGGCUUAUGACGCCUUUGCACCCAACAGAGUCUUCCUGUCCACCUCUCCCGGCUACCAGGUUGUCCGGCUGGGCGACCAGCAGUCCAUCACCGUGACGGUGCUCGCCGGUAAUCCGAACAGCGGCAACACGAUCCCUGCUCAGGGCGCUACCUUUGGAACUGGUACUGUUGCCGGCUCCGACGGCAGUAUCCAGCUUACUGUCCCCAGCCAGCCCGGCUGCUAUCUGUACAAGGCGGAGUUGUCCAACGCCAUUCGCAGCAACGCGUUCUAUUUGUCUGUCUUGCCUGCCUCUUCUUAGACGGGCUCCCGUAUACUUCCAUACUGUCUUUAAUAUCUUGCUCG